AUGCCCGUUAUCGAUAAAAUCAAUGCAGAUUGGGCUAGAGACGUUCCCUGUAGGAAUGUGAUCAUAUAUGGAUUUUGUAAGAAGCAGAAGGAAGGUUGUCCCUUCAAACAUGAUGGCGAUACAGAUGAGACUGCCAAUGGGAACCGUGCCGUGAUGGGAGAUUCUCCACCACCCAAGAAAACUGUCAUUGCUACAACUUCCCUCGAUGCAAAAAUGGAUUCCUCGCCAACCUCGGCAUCACGGCCAUCCAUCACCAUCCCACCAAGAAACAGUACCCCUGUCUCUGCUAAAUUCAAUGCCAAGGCUUCAGCCAGUUUUAAGCCAAUGUCCAAUGGAGGCAGUAACAGGUCCAUCAACGGAGGUCCACAGCAGGUGUUUGGUGAUAAUGUUUCAUCACAACCCCAGCCGCAGACUCAGCAACACCAACCACAACCCCAGGCACCGUUCACGCCGAAUUUCGAUGCCUACAAGGCCGACUUCUUUACACCGUUGCCCCAUUCGACUCAACCGCUUUCCAACACAAACAUUUUGGAGAGUGAUAUAGGUAUUACCCACGGAAUGUCCAGCCAAUUGAAUAAUAUGUCCUUCACUCCUACAAUAUCUGCACAGUCAAUGACCGGUGGGAUAUCGGAAUCUCCAAUUAUAAUGCCACCGCCACUGGGAGACCCUGAAGUGACCAAGUUAAAUUUCCCAAGUAUAUAUCCACCACCACAUUCUAUCCUACAGUAUCACUUAUACGCACCAGAGGCUCCACCACAAUUGAAACUACCUUUGAAACCAAACGAAAGAAAACCAGAAGAUCUUUUCAUCCCAAACGAUUUGCGCGAAGAUUUGGUGAAGAGAAAUUUGGCGUCUUUGCAAAUAUUCCCAGCGGGGGGGUCGUUACCGGUGAUAGUCCAGGAUUAUUUUGGACUUGUACCACUAGACUUCCACGAAAAGAAAGGGGAGACAGAUAGAUACAGUGGCCACGUAAACUCCCUGUUUAAAGUUUUCUCCAACGUUGAUGGGAAAUUAUACGUUCUACGCAGAAUUCAUGACAUCAGUAUCAGUGAUCCAAGCACUAUCACGAAAACGUUCCAAAACUGGUCUAAGCUACAAUCCUCCAAUGUAGUGCAGCUGAGGGACCUCUUUACUACGACAAAAUUUGGAGACACUUCCUUGUGCCUCGUUUACGACUACUACCCAAACGCGGUCUCGCUAUACGAAACACACUUCAUUCGAUUCCCUUUUUUGCCAAUUACUCAGGAUUACCUAUGGUCGUACCUUGUACAAUUGAUAAGUGCAAUGAAGUCUGCACAUGAAGUGGGUCUGGUGCUGAACAAAUGCUUGAAUUGGGAGAAAGUUAUUGUCACUGGGAAUCCGGGAAUGAUUAAAGUGUCCGGUGUGGGGGCUUCUGAUGUGGCCAAUCACGAGAACCAUGAGGACAUGCAUACAGAACGAAACAAGGACUUUGAACAACUGGGAAACCUACUAAUUCGCCUCUCUUCAUGCAUAAACAACGGUACCGAAGGUAACCUGCAGACAAUAGAUUCGUUGCCCGUUGAUGACAAAUUCAAAAAAGUAUUGACAUAUUUGAAGGAUACCGCAAACCAAAAUAAAAAUAUUUCUGACUUGAGCAGUCUUUUCAUCGACAAGAUAUUUACUGUUUUUGACUCUAUGAAAACAUACGCAGAGUAUACGGAAAAAAUCCUGGCAAGGGAGCUGGAAAAUGCCCGACUGUUCAGACUAAUGUGUAAAAUGAAUUGCAUAUUUGGUAGAACCGAAUCGAGAAUAGAUAUCAAUUGGUCAGAAUCAGGUGAAAAAUUCCCUAUUAUUCUAUUUUACGAUUUUGUAUUCCAUCAAAUGGAUGAAAGUGGCAAAGCUAUCGUAGACCUCACCCAUAUUCUAAGAUGCUUAAACAAACUGGAUGCUGGGGCUCAAGAAAAGAUAAUGUUAGCCACAUCGGAUAACAUGAACUGCAUCAUUAUAAGCUACAAAGAACUGAAAGACUUAAUAGACUCGACUUUCAGAUCCAUGACCUAG